UAUCUAGGCAUCACGCUUGACACAAAACUACGUUGGAAUCCUCAUAUCUCUUCGCUUUCCGCUAUCACAUCUCGGUGGGCUAAUUUUCUCAGGACCGUAUCUUGCACGUAGUGGGGUUCUCAUCCUACCUGCUUGUUAUUCAUUUAUCGCUCUAUCAUUCGUUCUAAAUUAGAUUAUGGUUGCUUUCUCUUCGGUUCGGCUGCUCAUUCCAACUGGAAAAAAUAAAUACACACCAAACGUCUUGUCUUAGAACUAUAAUGGGAUACGUGAAGUCCUCCUCCGGGCUGGCUAUUGAAGUCGAGACAAUCUGUCCUUUUAACAUCAAGUACCGGUGGCUUGCUGGAAAGUUCAUAUUAAAAUCUUUAGCUCUUUUUAACCAUAUUAUAUUUGAUACCUUCUGUUCCCUUUUUUUCACCUGGCGUUAUACACCCAAAGCAAUGCCUGUCCUCUCUAUUGUAGCUAACAAUCUAUUCAAUUUUCACCAAUAUGUUAUAAAUUCAAAUAAAUUUCCACUCUAUGAACAUCCAUACAACUCUCUUCUCUUUAUCCCUGCAAUUCAAAUUAUUAAUUUCUCUGAUUUAUCUGUUACUGAACUUAAAUCAAUGCCUAAUUCUUUUGUCAAUAAUUCCUUUUCUAGUUACCUCCUCAAUUUUUCUAAUUUCAUCAUCAUUUAUACUGACAGCUCAGUCUCUCCUCUUUCUGCCGGUUAUUCCUUCUACAUACCUGAACUUCAUGUUUCCUUCUCUAACAAUCUAUCUUCUUCUUCCUCUUCUUUUACGGCUGAGUGUUAUGCUAUACUCGAAGCCCUUCAUUUUAUUUCUAACUUAGCUCCUAAUAAUUAUUUAAUCGCCUCUGACUCUAUGUCCUGCUUACAAUCUCUUAUAUCCAAUUCAUUUAAUUCUAAACUUUCACCUCUAGUCUUUCAAAUUAAAUCAUAUCUUUAUUUCCUAAAUCAGUCUAAUCGUCUAAUUCAAAUUAUAUGGAUCCCUGGACAUGUCGGUGUACACGGUAAUGAAAAGGCCGACGAACUCGCCAAAUCUACUUCCAAUACUAUUCUUCCUCCUCUUGCUAAAUUACCUUGGACCGAUUUUACCCCUUUACUUCGCCGUCACAUUACCUGUCUUUGGUCCAAUUACUGGAAUAACUUGCCGGCUCACUUUGCUUCCAAAUAUAAAUCUAUUGUCCCCUCCAUCUCUAAUAAAAAAAACUUGGUUUUUUAA